AUGGCAGAUAUUCAAGGUCUACAGGCAGAUAUUGUGAAGGAAAUAUUGAAGAAGGCGCUUUCUCUUGCAGCUGAAGAGAUCAGCCUUGUAUGGGGUUUCAAGGGAGAUCUGGCUAAGCUUGAAGGAUCGGUUAAAAUUAUUCAAGCCGUGUUAACUGAUGCCGAGAGACGAGGAGUUAACGAUGAGUCCGUCAAGGUGUGGCUGGACAAGCUUAAGGAUGAAGGUUACCGAGCUGAUGAUGUCUUGGAUGAGUUCGCUUACGAAAUCGCACGACGAAAGGUGGAGAUUCGAAAUCAAAUGAGGAAAAAGGUUUGCCUCUUCUUUUCAUCUUCUAACCCAAUUUUGUUCCGUUCCCGUAUGGCUCAUAAAAUCCAGAAUAUCAACACAUCCUUGGAAAAGAUGAGAAAAGAAGCAAAUGAUUAUGGACUUCAAAGGGUUUCACAAGUGUCUACUCCUGUUACAAUACAGAGAGAGACCGACUCACUUCUUCACCAAUCGGAAGUUGUUGUAAGAAGGCAUGCUGAAGCAUUAAAUAUUCUUAAUAUGUUAACCUGCCCGGAAAUAGAGAAGUUGUCUCUAUGA